CAUCAUCAUCAUUAAGACAACAAGACCCUCCAUCUCCUCCCUUUAAAAGGGAGCAUGCCAGAUGACAGAUACAAACCUGACUGCUAAUCAGAACUAAACAUUGCUCUCUGACUGGUAAGAUUUCUCAGAUGGGGUCCUACCUGCAUGCUCUCAUUGCUCUGGUCCUUGCUGUGGACAAGACCAUUGCCCUGGACACACCCAACAAUACAGUGGCGCAUGUUCCUAAGAUUUCCAAGAAAAAGGUCAUAGAGCGCUUCGUCGGAAACCUUGAGGACGAUGCCCCUUCAACUGUUAAUAUGACCACCCGUGCCAUUUCUGAGCCCAAUAGCACUAGAGCUGCCUCGUCACCUCCGUACAUCUUCAAGGACAACCCCAAUCUAGAGUGGCAGUUGUUUGACCACUCCCUCCCCAAUGGAGCAGUGGGCAUCUGGAACGGUUAUACCGGCCGCUACGACUAUGUGUGCAGGCCAACAAGUGGGACUGAGGUGGGGUUCUACAGUAGCAUCUAUGGUGCUUAUUGUUUUUUCCCACGCUAUCCUAACUUGUGGCAGACUAAUGGAUUUUAUGUCCUUGUGAACAAAGAUGACUUUGUAUUCCUGCAGUGGAUAGAGGGAUCUCAUGGGUCUGUUCCCACCCACUCAGUCAGAUCAGGUUCAAAUGACGAUGGGCAUUAUGUUGCAAAAAACGAUUAUGUUGCAAAAAACAAGUAUGGUUUAGGAUUGCUACAUCGUAAUGAUGCAUUCUAUUUGCCUUGGAUCCAAAAAGUAAAAGAUGGGGUAGUCUAUGGGAAAUCUAAAUGGUAUAAAAAAUCCUACCAGGCCUUGGUAAUUAAUUCAAGCCCAUAUUCACAGGAGCUCAAAAAUGUAGAGUAUUAUAUUGAUCAAGCCGAUAUCAUAGAGACUCCCCCAUUCAUUGUGGAUCAAAACACUGUAUCCAACCAGGAGUGCAAUAGUGUAGUCAUGAAAGUCACACUCUCUGCAACCGAAACAAAAACAAACACUUGGGAGAUGAAUUACUCCAUGACUCUUGCAACCAGCACCACUAUUUCUGCUGGGAUCCCUGAAAUAGUUGGAACUAGCGUUACCAUUGGCACAGAGGAGACUUUUGAGACCAGUUCAGGAACAUCCCUCUCACAAUCUAUAACCUCUAGCCUUGAUGUAACAGUGACUGUACCUCCAAACCACUCUUGCAGAGUUAACAUGCAAGGCAGGAGAUUCACAUCAGACAUACCUUACAAGGGUCUCCUUGGCCGUACCUACAGCAACAGCGAGACCAAGUGGACCACCAUCUAUGGCACUUAUAAAGGUGUGCAGGUUGCAGAUUAUCGGGCUGAGGUGGAGCGCUGUGAGCCUUUGAUCAACCCCAAGCCUUGUGAAUAAGGGGCCCAUAUACAACACAAAGAUGUCCUUCUCAUGUCAAGUAUGGGUACGGCAGCACAAUUUAGGAGAAUGUUCUGACAGCCAAAAUAAAAAAUGCUUUUAUGUGUGUAUUUUCUGUCAAAUGAAGAGGUGGUGUAAAAUUGUAGCCAACAUUUCAAAACUGCUGUAUGACACCAUGUUGUUAAUGUGCUAAUAAAACAUGUCUUCUUCCUCUGCAAA